AUGCCUCUCCUGCCGAACCUACCGGUGGCCGUCGAGUUACAAAGCCUGCCGACCCUUAAGCCCAGCGACAAAGCAUUAAAAGAGAGGUUUAAGUUUGAUGUCACUAAUGAACACUAUUUGCGAAAAAUCUUCACCGAAGAAGUGGUGCAGGAAGUUCUUGGCAACAGUUCCUCACUCUCUGAGUUGGAACUAGAAUGGGAUCGUUUGAAAGCCGAUCGCGAGAUAUUGCGGACAAUAUUCCCGACAUCUGACCCGAGGAUUCAUAUGCCGUGUAAUCUAAACCGCAUGAUAUGGAACGCACAGAAGAUCUUUCACGUGAACCUCAGGGGACAGACAGACCUCUCGCCCCUCAAAGUGAUCGACAGCGUUGAGGGACUCGUCAAACGACUCACAAUUGUGAAGGGAGAAGACAGACUGUCAGUUCAGGCCAAUCAAAAUGCAACACUACUUUUCCGGACACUUUUGAGGUCCACUCUAUGCACCCGAAAGAUCACAGAACAGGACCGGCUCUCUAGCGAAGCCUUUGAUUGGCUGAUCGGUGAGAUUGAAACCCGUUUCCAACAAUCACAGGUACAACCGGGAGAAAUGGUCGGUCCAUUGGCCGCCCAAUCACUGGGAGAACCGGCCACUCAAAUGACACUCAAUACUUUCCAUUACGCCGGUGUGUCCGCUAAGAACGUCACUUUAGGUAUUGAUAAUUGGAUCGGCAGCACUGGUCUGUUUCAAUGCAACGCCGAACAGACAAAUGCUGGUCUCACCGGCAAUAAUGACUCGAUUAACGUUGAAUCCAGUCUUGUGGCCGAGAAUUUUGGUUCAAUCGUACCGACAAAACCUAUAAUGGAUGACUGGGCGGCCGCACCCGUCUCUAAUGCCAUCGAUAGCAGCGUUCCCUCUUUUAAUAGCGCCUCAAUUGUGGACACUGGGGCCACGUUUGCCCGAUCGACGCCUUCAUCCACAUCCGUAAUGGCCAGUCAUGUUCUCUCCAGCGAUGGCAAUGAUGUGCAACAACUGUCUACCGAUGACGCGGCUAAAGGAGAGCCAACUAUACAAACCCUUUCCAAUGACUCGUCAAGCAGUGAAUCCUCGAAGUUUCCGCCCGUCACUGCCGAAGACAUUUUGCCCAUUGUUUCCACUAAUAACGAGACAAACGGUGGAAGCGAUGAAACGGUUAAUAAUAUUACGACUGGUGAGGGAUCAGUGGCCACCAGUGGUCCGCAAAUGAAUGGUCAACAAGCCGUGGCAACUAAUGGACAGAACACCGCACCAGUGAAUGGACAGCCAUUGAACGGCAAUAAUAAUGUAAACGGCUAUAUAAGUAACGGCGCGACUAUCGGCCAAACCAAGGAGUCGGUGGUCAUACGGCUGUCCAAUCGGAUUAAAGCACUCGAAGUGAAUCUGUCGUUGAGUUCGCAAUAUUUGGAACAAUUGAGUCAAAGGUAUCGCAAACAGAUGGAGGAAAUGCAGAAGGCGUUUAAUAUCACCAUCAGUAAACUCAAUGACACCAACAUUAGAGCUGCCGAAAGAGAUCUGAAACAACAGGAAAGUAUAGCGGCUUUGGAAACAAAACUAAACACAUUAUCGGCCGAAAUGGCGGCUCUAAUACGAGAUCGUGAAGAUCUGAACUGGCAUUACAUCGAAGUGCAUAUCGCGCUUAUGAUGGUUGAAGUGAUUAUUGUAAUCGUAUUUCUCGUUAUGUUUGGCCACCGAUUGUCACAAAGAAUUCACUUCGCGGCCCAAACUCAUCAAAUACCGGCCAACGGGUCUGUCGUCGGCGCCGCUAUACUCCCGGCAGCUCUCCUCUCGCCCAACAAACGCACCCACCCUUACGGAAGUCCCUGUCAUUUGCCCACAAAAACACUUAAAAUUGAAGAUGAGAAUAAACCUCCGGAAGUGUUGGCUAAUAACAAGAGCGCCACAAAUGCUCAAAGAAAGAUCCGAAAGAAGAAGCGAAAGGCCCAGUCAUUGAAUGCCGCGAUUCCCAUAUCACAGAGUUUGGAGUCACCGGCACUUCUCCUUAAUUCAGACCCUUUAAAGUGCAUUCAAUUUGAAAGCGCAUCCAAAGACCCUUUAAUAUUGAAAUCUCAGUCAACACCCGCACUGACGACCGGCAACGCGUCCGUCACAACAAGUAAGCCAUCAAAUGGUGAGCCGUUUGGCGCGGGUCUGACAAACGGGGCGUGCAGUUCCUGUCACUCGUCCACUUCGGGUGUGUCUUCAAACUCAACCCUUUCUACAAAUAUAUUGAAAACAAAUUAUUUGUCACUCAAUAGUAGUCCUAAAAAUGAGAUUAAAAUGAAGAGAACUGAGAGUACGAGUAGUUGUGGAAAGAAAUCAUUCAUUUCACGCAACAAAGGCUUUGAUAAUAAGACCACAAAUUCAUUGACUUUGAGUCUAAAAAAGUUACUUAAAUUUGACCGAAAAGUGAAUUAAUUAAAAGUUUUUAUAAUAGGUUUGUGUUUUUCUGACACUUUUUAUUAACUCAAUAUUUAUUCAAACAAAC